UCCUCCCCCUCCACCCGUCUCUCAGCAGGUCCAGGGGCAGCUGCCUCCGUUGAUGAUCCCAGUGUUCCCUCCAGACCAGAGGACUCUGGCUGUAGCUGCUGCCCAGCAAGGCUUCCUGCUGCCCCCCGGAUUCAACUACAAACCAGGCUGCAGUGACCCUUACCCUCUCCAGCUGGUCCCUACUACCAUGGCAGCAGCUGCUGCCGCGGCMACCCCAGGCCUCGGUCAACUACAGCUCCAGCAGCUGUAUGCAGCUCAGCUGGCAGCGAUGCAGGUGUCUCCAGGGGCCAAACACAGCAGUAUGCCCCAGACCAACCUGAACACCCACUCUCCCACCAACACACACCAAGAGAAGAGCCGCAGCACCCCGCCGCCCAAACCCAAGACCUGCUGUCAUCCCUGUCCUCCGGGGGCUAUCUGAACGACCAUGAGGCUGUGACCAAGGCCUUCGCUGAGGCCAGGCAGAUGAAGGAGCAGCUGAAGAGAGAACAGCAGGUGUUGGACGCCAAGGUGGCCGCCGUCAACAACCUCAGCCUCAACAACGGGCGCUCCGACAAGGACAAGGCAGCUCUGGAGAGUCUGAGCCACCAGCUGAAGCAGCAGUCAGAGGACAGAGAGAAGUUCAACCACGCCAUGAUGGACUUCACCAUGAGUGGAGACUCAGAUGGCAGCCCCAGUGUGUCUGAUUCCAGGAUGUUCCGUGAGGCCCGGGGCCGAGGCAACAGCGAACCGCACAUUAAACGACCCAUGAAUGCUUUCAUGGUCUGGGCAAAGGAUGAGAGGAGGAAGAUUCUCCAGGCUUUCCCCGACAUGCACAACUCCAACAUCAGCAAAAUCCUCGGUUCUCGUUGGAAGUCCAUGACUAACCUGGAGAAGCAGCCGUACUACGAGGAGCAGGCCAGGCUGAGCAAGCAGCACCUGGAGAAGUACCCGGACUACAAGUACAAACCCCGGCCCAAACGAACCUGUCUGGUGGACGGGAAGAAGCUGAGGAUUGGAGAGUACAAGGCCAUUAUGAGGAACCGCCGGCAGGAGAUGAGACAGUACUUCACUGUGGGACAACAGGCCCAGCUGCCCUUGUCCUCGGCGGGCGUGGUGUACCCAGGUGCCCUCUCCAUGGCAGGCUUGCCCUCCCCCCAGAUGCCCUCGGAGCACUCCUCACUGUCCAGUAGCCCCGAGCCCGCCGCCCCACCCCUCCAGACCCCCUACCAUCCCAGCCUCAAGGGAGACGAGACCCGAGUCAAACAGGAGGCUCUGCGAUUGGACGACAGUAACGGUGAUGCGUACGACGACUUUGAUUAUGAGGACGAGGAGGGAGAUUAUGGAAGCGAUAACGACAACCACCAAUAAUCUGGACGCAGAGCCAAUCAGAAUCAGUUACCACGCUUCUUGCUGGAAACAACCCUGUCCGUCCACCAAUCCUGAGAGACUAUCCGUCCCUUAUAUCCAAUCACAUUCAAUGUCACAAACCUCGCCCUCCUUUACCACUCAACCAACAAGGACUCUGGGAUCUCAGAGCCAAGCCCCUCCCAUUGGAAUCUCGAUACCAGCAACYGACCAAUCAAAUCAAGCACAGGACCUGUCACUCACACUGACUGUUACACAGACUGGAGUCUAGGAGGAGACGAGUUGAUUGCCGUGACUUCUGCUGAGUACUACACAGUACUACAGCGGACUAACAAAGUACUACGAAGUACUACAGAGUACUAGAGUAUUACUGCUGUGUACGCCAUAGAGGCAAGAUGAGAUACACAUUAUGUCAUGAGUAAGCUACGAUAUGAGGAGAAAACACCGAAAAAACAACCUUUCAGACCAGUUUGACUUCAAAGAGAAUUUUUUUUUUUUAAACAGCAGGCCUGUCAGUUGAUUAAAGAUACACUUUAAAAUGGCCGACCUGUUUGUUUAUAAAAGAGACACUUUUAAAACAGCUUUUUUUUUUCUUGGUUCUAUGAUGUUCUCACUCAGGUACACGGUGCCAACAAGUGGCUUGUGAAUGUGAUUUGUUGUUUUUGUGCUACAGUUUUAAUAAUAGAUACAAAAUAGACAUUUUUCCCUUUUCAUUGUAAAGCACCUGACAGAAGUCAAAGCAAAACUUUUAUUUAGAAUUCUUCUUCUUUCUUCAACUCUGCAGUGUACUGUCAGCAGAUAUCCUCUGUGUGUGUGACUCCCCUUAUGAGAGUCAAAAUGGGAAAGUCCAGUCAAGGCCACCGCCAUGUGUUGGACAKUGAGGACCGGCUCACUUCAGGGGACUGUGGGGGGGACCUCAGUCUCUCAUCAUGGGUCAGCUUGGACAGUACUGUGUAAUGAGACAAUCUCCCACCAACCCUCUCGUUCUUUUACCUUUUCUUUGGCUUUCCUUUUUAUUCUGAUCAUGAGGACUUUGGGUACUUUUGGAAGGUACAAACAAGGGUUUAUUUUAGAUAUGAAACACCCCCUUGUAUGUGUGUGAGAGUGUGUGUAAGCAAGCUCGCUGUGCAUGUGUGUGUGUGUGUUUAGUCUGUGUGAGCUGGUUUAGUCAUCACUAGGCAAUAGAUCCCAGAACUCUGUCCCUUUCCAAGACAAACAGAAACACUGGAGUUUCCCCUGUGAGCCCCCAGUACUUCAGUAUCCUGGUGUAUAGAGACAGAGAAAGCCCUAUUCCUGGUGUACAGAGACAGAGAAAGCCCUAUGACUCUCUUGUACACUCACACACACAUCCCCAAGCCCCAGUUCCCCAAUCGAAACCCCAUAACAAGUCUACUCCGCUGCCAACUGAUCCAGCCAGCACCACAAGCCAACAGCUCUUACCCACAACCCAAACCCUCUCAUAAUACUCCCAACUGAUAUCACAGAAAGUUGGUGUGUAUUUUGUUCUAGAAGUUUGGUGUGUUCUUGCGGGCUUCUACUGGUAGUUUUGAGUAUUUGCUGUCUGUCCCCGUUCUGUCCCUCUCUCUGAGAGUUCCCCUYUAUGUCCCCMUGUGUCUUACUCUGUCCCYGUCCGUGUCCCCAAAACACGUCAUUCUGCUGUUCUUAUUGGGAGGAGCUGAUCGUUAUAUCAGCACGUCAGUGUUUCCUUUGUAUUUGAAUACUGUAUUUUAUYAUUUUUAUUCAAACUGCCUCUAGUGUAAUAAUAUUAUUAACAAUAAUUAUAAUGAUGGUCAGCGUUUCUUUAAAUUUGAGUAAGUUAUGUACAGUAUAAUUUAUUUUGGCCUCUAUUGGGUUUAUYAUGACCAAUAUGAAACUUCUUCGGUCAAUGAAGCAUUAUUAUAUUUAGCUGGUUUAGAGUAUUUACAUCUAAUGUUGUCCUUUAACUUUUUACUUUAUUUGCAAUUUACAUUCUUUGGUUUCUGUUUUUAUUUGUUCUGUUUGUUUAGUAUUAAUCCUAUAUGGAMGCUGUGUGAGGAGGUGGAGCGACACGGACGGCAGCCAACGAACGGCUGUCGCUCUUCGUGAAGGAGACUGGACUUUCUAUUCACUAACUCUCUCCCCAUCUGCGUCCCUCAACUUGACAACUUAACCCUUUUAUGUCCAAACCCAUUUCUAAAAGCACUCGGACUCUGUGUGGUCAGAGAAAAGAAGGUGAUUUUUUUUUUUUUGUAAUGGUUAAUGUAUAAUGUGAAGUUUCUUCUACUUUUUUCCUUUUAUGAAGAUAAAAGAAAACGGUUAUAUUAUUCUAUUCUAUUCUGUUUUCUCUGAACAAAGGAGCGAGACUCCCGUUUACUAGGGUUGCUAUUUUCACUGAGAUGCCGUGGAACAUCGUUGAUGCAGGCGGACACAGAGACACACAGACACAGCAGACACACACAAAUUAUUAGCAGACACAGUUGUGCAAAUGUAAUUUUUUUAAAUCAAAUUAGGACAUGAUCAGAACACACACACAUUUGCGACCCAUAGGAAAAUCUGUGUUUACUUUGCCUAUCCAACAAUGUUCUACAACAUAACCUGACAUUCAGUAAGAUGACCUGUCAUAUCUAUGUGACUCCAGAACUCUGGGGACUUUACUUUGUUUUAGCUCCACACUAUGACCUAGCCAUUAGCCAUGUCCACUCACUCUACAGGUGUGCUGCCAGAUAGUGACCCAAGCCCAGUCAUGCUUGCUGUAGAUGUUUACUCUUACACAAUCAAUCACAACCAUGCCUAUUGCCAGAUAGUGAGCCUCACAGUCAAUCAUACUUGGCCAUAUAGACAACCUCACAAUCAGGCCAUGGUGAGACCUAAUGCUGGAGAAAGGGUGUCCUGUAUUCUGGCUGGAAGCUGUAGGUUAGAUAAGUAGGCUAGGCAGUGUGGGGAAAAGGAGGGGGUUACAAGUUCAAUCAUCCCAGCUUGCUAGGUCUGCCACAUACUGAGGUAUUAUACUGUACUUAGGGCCAGGAGUUUUGUGACCUGACCAUGUGACCUGACCAGGACAAACCCUUGGCUCUAGUUAUACUAAUGAAUAGAGUCCAACGUUUUUCACGAGCAGGUUGACAGGAUGAUAGGCCCUAGUGAUGUUGGGUGACACAGCGACGAUGAUGACCAUGAUCGUGAUGAAGAUGAUGAGAAUAAUAAUGAAGACAAUCAAACGUCACGAGUGGGG